AUGCAUGAUCAUAAUUCACUGGAAGGUAAGACUUUCUUUUCAGAAUUUUCUAUCCUUUGGUUUUCUGGUUUGCCCAUGUCUAUUUUUAUUUUUGUCUUUUGCUUUUCUUUGCUCCCAGGUGUGGAUUUACCUUCGGUCACCCAACCCUUACCUAACAGCUCUACUAUUGUUACCCAGCGUUUAUGUGACAGAGCCUGUUUCACUAUUAUGCUUUAGUGUUAGUGCCUGGUGAAUUAGCUAUUAUCCUAUUUUACUGUUGUCAGUCACAGUGUUUCACUCGUUUGGCUGUUGCCACGCAAGGUUUAUUAUUAUUUUUAUUAAAAAAAAUGCCUCUAACUGUUUUCUGGUAAUUCUAGUCCAGGACUCCCAUGCUGGGACUGGGUCUGCUGGAGUUGAGGAUAAUGUUACUUUACCUCAACCUAGCACCCCGAUUGGUCACCUAGGGCGAGCUGAUGGGUCAUCAUCAUCCCCACUCUCGGAGGCUCCCUCCUUCCUGAACUCUCCAGUCUCUAUUAAGGCUGAGGAUGGUGGGGAUGAAUUGGAAGAAGGUCGGACUGGAUCUGCUUUUGCAGCUCCCGCCCUGCGAUCCGGUGCCCGUCGCACUAGGAUUGACGUGUGUGCAGUCGCUGAGUUGGUGGAUGUAUUGCGGGUGCCAGAUACAGAACCUGACAAACCAACCAUCAGUUUUCGUCGCACAUCUCAACGAGUUCGCGAUUACAUGGCGUUGAGGAACUCCGGCACCAGAACCCCAUCAAAAAUAUCACCGCCCGCUACAAGGCGUAGAUUGAAAAACACAAUGAAGCUUCCUGUGAAUCUCAAGAAAAAAAAUACAGGACACAAGUUGGCGUCACCUGAGAUUUCAGACAUGGCACUCCCAAAUUCAACAUUGAAGAGAAAGCAUCAGGGGGGAGGGCAGAAUUUGUGGGGGUUUCGCGCUACAAAAACAGUUAGCACUGUUGCUGCACCAGAGACCGAGCCUGCGUGUGACCGUGCAAAGUCCCUACCACCUAGAUACACCAGCAAGUCCGGUACGGGCAAUACUGUAUUGGGAAGAGCACGACGUUAUUCUGGGGAUCAAGAACCAGGUGGGCUAGAGCCACUCGCGGGAGUGCGUGGUGUGAUCGGGAAAGAUACCAUGCAUGCCAAUUAUCGGUUAGAAACCAGACUGAAGCCGCGAAAGCCCGCCACAAAGUCUGCAAGACGAAAACCCGGUAUAGGGAAUCCUCCGCCAAGAACUAUUGAGCUUGGAAAGGAGGAGCACUCGGCUUCCAAUAGUGUUCCUAACUGUUCCAAGGACUCAGAACCUACACUGUCUUCCGAUGAAGAUGAGGUUUUUGAGAGUUGCACGGAAGAUGAAGGGCCCCCUUUGGGUCCGGGUAGUAUUGUUCUCAAUGAAGGCCUUAGUCCAGAGACCCCCAGUGCUGAGCGAUCCGCAAAUCACGAAUUCGGUGGUUCUCCGAAAAUCUCAGAUGAGAAUGCUCUGAAAAAACAGAAACUCAACGACGGCCAAGCUUUAGCACUCUCAAAAACAAAAGCUUCGGGAGAGCCCAAUGAGCUAGAUGUUCGCGAUCCCCGCGUCCACAAGGACGCAUUCCAGUUGGUUGAGGGUGUUUUAUGCGUUCCUCUUGGGUGUGACCGGUGAGUUCCUUUCCAACACCCCAUGCUAUUCUGUGUUCAUCCUAAUACCUGAGGGUUAUAGUUGCCGUGAGACUCGUUCUUUUUGCGAUCGUGCCCUACCCUGCGAUAAGUGUGAGCGUACGGGUUAUACGUGCGAGAGAGAGACUGGGUGGCUCCGAGCUAGGCCCAAGCAACAACGCAGCAAGCAAGGAGACCCUGACCCCAGACUCGACGUCCGAACCCCUAUGCUUACAAAACUCAGGAGUGCUACACUGCCGCCACACCCAGAAAAAUCUUCAAGCGUGAAUUUAGAAAAUUUACCUCCCCGAAAUACACCUAUCAGAAGAAGAGGGAGGCCAAGAAAAUCCAAUGUCAAUGGUGAGAUCGAAUGUGAGGUCAAAAGUGAGAUCAAGAACACAAGAAACCAGAAACUCCUGCCUUGGAGUUCAAUAGAUUUUCAAGAGGGCAAGCCUCCUGGUAUUCGCAAGCCAGAAGUAUGGUGUGAGGUAGGUUCUCCCACCCCUUUCUGGCUAACGUUACCCACUUUAACAAUGGUAAAUAGACUCGGCAAGAACUUUGUGAGAGUUUGCCCUACUAUAGGAGCUAUCAAGCAGGCUGCUACGGCCAUGAUGGUUUGGUUCAUGGGUACUUGCUCGAUGGCUUCGCAUCUCCCAGGGACUACAUCAGCUCUAAAGUCAUCAUUUCGCAUAGGUAUGUCUAAGCAAAAACCACUUUAUAUUUUAAACGGUUUCUCACAGGGUUACACAGCGGCGGGAAAUCAGGGACUGAUGAUAGUGGCCAACGGAGACUGCUCACAGACCAGACUAUUGACGACAAUACGAUUAAAUACCUAAUCAAAAAUAUGAAGCAGAAGUGGCCGUUGGUCUUGAUAAUGGGUAUUAGCUACACUAAUACCAAACAUGCGACUUUAGGCUAUUAAGACUAACACUAAGUAUAGGCAAUCAAUGUACGAACUCUCCAUCGAAGGUCCCCCAUAGAUAUUGUGUGAUGGACUGGUUCAAGGUGACUGCGUCCUGGGCUGAGAAAGACCCACUCAGCCAAUGCAUUCGGUGGAAGUUUAGGUUUGAAAAGCUAGACGCCAAUGUUGAUGGUUGGUGGGCCGCCACUCCGUCUGAGGAACCAAAUCCUCCCCAGGAGAUGACCAAAGCUAGUUGCUUAAGCUGUGAGAAGGAAAGCCCCCACAUUUAUGAACAAGGUUGGGCUUGUCUUAAUCCCAAAUGCAAGAGCUUUUGGAUGGUAAGCCAUUCAACGCAAUUCAUUACUCCGUUAAUUUUGCUAAAAAAAAAAUCUAGCUCGGUGAUGCUGGUAUGCCCGCUGACCUUACCUACACGGAAAACUUCUUGGGUUGUCGUACUCCGUGGCCUGAAGAUUUCCAGCAACCUCCCAAUUCACUGGCACCGCCUUUGGAUACUGAACACUCUGCCCAUGUAGAGAGUGGGGGUGUCUCGCGCCCUUUCUGGAAAGGGAUGUGUUGCCCUAAAUGUGGGCGGUUGAGCUGUAGAGAGCUUUGGGCUGGAUGGCUUUGCCCGACAUGCAAAUUUUCUUAUACCCCGCGUCGUGUUGUCUUUGAUGCCGCACGUCUUGCAGAUCCCCACCGACCUGUCUACACUGGACCAGCCAUUCCAAACAAUCUCCAUCAUGAAGAGAUCGCCUCAGGGAGAUUUGUUAGAGAUGGAUUGACAGUAGUUCAGUAUCAGCUAGGAGAUUGCGGUACUGUCACGCAUAUUCUAGCUAACAAGGUGAGCAACUCGAGGCCCGAGGACGCCAACUGGCUACUGGAGAAUUAUCAAAAUCGUGAUAUGCCGUUUAGGCGAUUUCCUAUGAAGUGCCACCAUUGUGAGCAAAACCUCUCCGAUUCCUCGGACAUGGAAGAAUACUAAUACAUGAACAAACGACACAGCCCAGGGGAGAUUACUCACCCAGCAAUUUAUGUAUAACUGCGGUGCUCCCUACAAAUUCAUUGUCGAUGUCAAUAGUCUCCCUUUUGACGAUUCCCCUCCUGUUGUCCUAAAGGCUCUGAGCCUGAUCCACCAGCGCGUCCAGCUAAUCCAUCCCGAGGCUCAAUUUAACGAGGUUCUUAAUGUGGGGUACUUUGAAAAACAAAAAAUGGAUGUGAGUAACGACCACUCCUCCCCCUAAGCAUCACAUUUUUAACUCUCUAAUAUUGGAAUGCUGCAGUACCACGAUGAUGGCGAAGAAGGUUUGGGGGAAACGGUAGCCUCUAUCUCCCUUGGCAGUUCUGCAAGGAUGAAAUUUCGUGUGAAGUCUAAGUAUAAGGAUGAUCGUCAUUGUUGGACAACUGAACCCGAGAAGCAUUGCCAAGACGCUGGGUCUGGGAAUAGCAUCUACAAUGAUGAGAAUCUGGAAGACGAAGAAGAGGAAGGUUCGGGAGAGACAGCAGGUCUUCAACCCAAUGGAGCCUCUACGCGUGCUAAGGGAAGGUCCAAUAAAGCGAUGCUAGAUUUGUGCCUCAACCACGGCGAUGUUAUGGUAAUGAAAGGGGCCGGGAUUCAAACUCAUUGGGAGGCAUGUUUCGCAAACUUAACUAUUCCCUUAUUUCAAGACAUAAGACUAACUUUUUGUAAAUAUUUCAGCAUACUGUCAUUCCCACAGGAUUAUUCAGAAUUGCUGCGACCGCGAGGUAUAUAGCCCACAACACGCCAGGGAGAGCUUCAAAGAAACAGACUACGGGGGGGGCCUCCACAGAUGGUAAUGAUACGACUUUACCGCUUACUGGAACCAAGUUAAUUAAGGCAGAGGACUCUACAACGGAUGUUGGCGAUAUCCAAGUAACCUCAACCGAUGAGCUUUGUAGGCCCGAUCACACUGAGGUGAUUGGCGAGAAGCCUAAUUUUUCUCAAAGUCCGGUUGGCCUCCACGAAUCAGAAUUUACCACCCCUCCAACCGCAACUGUAUCCCAAGAGGUGUCGCCAAUUUCUGCUGUUUUAUUUCCUCCCAAGGACCCCCAGGGGCUGGAUACUUACCCACCGUCCGGGGUAUCCCAUCACUCGCCUUUCACCCAAAAUAUGUCUACACUCACAGGCCCAGCUCCUCCCUCGGAAGAAAUCGCUCCCCAUACAUACUCCGGUCACCAAAUAAGGUCGGUACCCCAUCUUCAGAAUAUGGGACCUCCGUACACUCCCCUUCCCACCAACAAACCCGGAAGCUAUUCUGGGUUCCCUCCCCAAGAACUGAAUUCCUCAAAUUCAAAUUACUUUCCAACACCCCAGUCUCAAAUCACCUCCCCGUACCAUCCCAGUCCCUACGGGCAGGAAUUGACAUUGGGUGACCGAAGUUCCUACAUGGCUCAUCCGGUCCUUCAUGGGCAAAGCUCCCUGGGAUACCCCUCCGGUGGUGACUCCUCGUACGAACACUACCCACGUUCGGAGGCUCACGAGGGCUCAGAACAAACAAACAAUCUCCCAAACACCCUUAGCACUACCUCACAGAGAUCAAAUGUUUACCAUAACAUUUUUCCCGGCAGUGGUUGGGGAACCAAUGAGUCCCAAAGCUCUAUCCCCGGCCGAGAGACACUAAUGCAUCAAUCCAACAUACCCAACCACUUUCAAGACUACAACAAUAACAGCGAGGCUAAAAAUCCAACGGUCAACUCCACUAGCCCCUCCACCACUUAUAGCACCCAUAACGGACACCCUCAAUUGUUUUAGGGGAUGGGCAAGUGAAUCUAUAAUAGGCAAGUGUUAUAGUGCCUUUAAGUGGUCGUAAUGUGUUAAUUGUUUGAGAUGAAAAAGAAAAAGAAAAGCCCUUUUCCCCAUCCUCAUUGAUUUCGAUCAAUACGAAAAAAUUCUAUCCUCCUCAUUGCUUCAUGUCGUUGGCUCUAUCUUUCUUAUUCUCUUCUUUUUUGUUUUUUUCUGCACAACAUCGGGGUGGGUUCAGGCAGGAUGUUUGGCUUGGGGUUUUGCAUGGCUAAUUAUUCUUAAAUUUUUUUUUCCCCAGCUUUCAUUGUUUCUCCUUUGCUUGUUUUUCUUUUGACGGUUGAUUCUUAUUUCCAUGUCAAAGGGGUUUCGCCAGUAUCUUGGCAGUGGAGGAUCCGUGAAUCUAUUCCUAUCUUCCGCUCGACAACUACUCCUAAGUUUUUUAUCCCGAACACCUUUCAUUGACGCGCUUUGGGGGGGUAGAUAGAUAGGCCCCACUUGGUGGUUGUACUCUUUGAUUCAAUAAAUACCCACAAAAUUUGCGU